AUGUCGAUCGGUGUGCCGAUGAAAGUGUUACAUGAGGCCGAAGGUCACGUUAUUACAUUGGAAUCUAUAACCGGUGAAGUGUACCGCGGAACUCUAAUUGAAGCCGAGGACAACAUGAAUUGCCAAAUGUCCAAAAUAAACAUUACCUACCGCGAUGGCAAAAUCGGUCAGGUGGAGAACCUUUAUAUUCGCGGAUCAAAGAUUAAGUUCAUGAUUUUGCCGGACAUGCUCAAAAAUGCUCCCAUGAUAAAAACCAUGGGGCAACGAGGACGUGGGGCCGUUUCUGCGGCAAGCGCGGCUGCUGCUGGUCGUGGGAAGUCUGCCAUUCUCCGAGCACAAGCUGCAAGAUCUCGAGGCAGAGGCAUGAUGAGAGCCCGUGGAUGGGCGCCGAGAGGCCGUGGAGCUCCUCCUCAAUGA